CGCUAGACCAUUCGCUAGACCACGCUUGUGCGAAACGGUUCGGUUCGGCCCCCACCUACAUGCAGGAAAUUUAUCAAGUGCACUCUCACUUGAAGAGCGGUUCGCCUCCUCUGCCUCUGCCCUGCCACAUGUAACAAGUGGCCGCUAAUUAAAAUCAUCUAACGAAACGUGUAAAAUAUAAUUCACAACUCCCAACCCUCGCGACUCCCGAUUGUCAGCAUGUGCGAUACUGAAGAUCCAAAUCUCUAUCGGGAACGCCUGCCAAAUGUGUGCGAGGCCAUGGGCACAAGGGCACGAAGCUGCUGCAGCCUGCGAACCGUGCGCAAACUGCUGCCCGUCACAGAUUGGCUGCCAAAGUAUCAGCUGAACUUUCUACCGAUGGACAUUGUGGCGGGUCUGACGGUGGGCCUCACGGCUGUGCCUCAAGCCAUAGCCUAUGGGGUGGUUGCCAAUCUCCCUCCCGCCUAUGGCCUCUACUCGGCGUUCAUGGGCGGCUUCGUCUACAUAUUGCUGGGCACCUGCAAGGACAUCACAGUGGGCCCCACUGCAAUCAUGGCCCUUAUGGUGCGUCCCUAUGUGGACGGCAACCCGGACUACGCGGUUCUGCUCUGUUUCCUGUCUGGCUGCAUCAUCCUGGUGCUGGGUCUGCUCAAUCUGGGCGUGCUCAUGCGCUUCAUUUCGGUGCCGGUGACCACCGGAUUCACGAUGGCGGCCGCCAUUACCAUCGCCAGUGGGCAAAUCAACAAUCUGUUUGGCAUAUCAGGCAGCUCCACGGGGUUCCUCGACUCGUGGAUACAUUUCUUUGGCCACAUCAAGCACACGCGUCCAAACGAUGCCAUUUUGGGAUGCUGCACAUUAGUCCUGUUGCUGCUCAUGCGGAAAAUCACAGACUUGCCCUUUGGCUACCGCAGUCUGCUGAAGUAUCUCUCGCUCUCACGCAAUGCCGUGGCUGUGUUCGUGGGCAUCCUUCUGUGCUACCUGCUGAGCCGAGGCUCCGCGUCCCUGCCAUUCCUCGUGAGUGGAACCAUUACUUCGGGCCUGCCCCCAUUCAAGGCGCCACCAUUCCACACGCAGGAUCCAACAUCCGGAGACCCCGUCAGCUUUGGUGGCAUGGUCUCGAAUCUUGGCUCCGCAAUGGUGUCCAUUCCCCUGCUGUCUAUACUCGAGAGCGUGGCCGUGGCAAAGGCUUUCUCUAAAGGAAAGAUCGUGAAUGCCUCGCAGGAGAUGAUUGCUCUAGGCAUGAGCAAUGUGCUCAGCAGCUUCUUUCUGUCCAUGCCCAUAACUGGCUCCUUCACGCGGACGGCCAUCAACAAUGCCAGUGGCGUGAAGACCCCACUAGGUGGCGCCGUGACAGGCGCCCUCGUUCUCAUGACCCUCGCCUUUCUCACCUCUACGUUUGCCUACAUACCCAAGGCCACGCUGGCAGCCAUCAUAAUAGCAGCCAUGCUCUUCAUGGUGGAAUAUGAGACCAUAGCGGAGAUCUGGCGGGCCAAGAAGCGUGAUAUGCUGCCCUUCCUGGUUACCGUUCUGUGCUGUUUGUUCUGGACUCUGGAGUUUGGUAUGGUUGUGGGCAUCGUCUUUAAUGCACUCUUCCUGCUGUACAAGAGCAUGAAGCCGCAAUUCCAUUUGGAGACCCAAACGUACAAUGACGUGGAGCUGAGCCUGGCCGAUUUGAAGGGCAGUGUCGACUACUCGGCAGCGGAAUACCUCAAGACUGCCAUUUUAUCCCACGUGACGAGUCGGCAGGGUGCCAUAAUGCUGGUUGUUAUCAAGGGAGACGAGAUCGGAUCGAUUGAUACCACGGUGGCGCUGAACCUCAUUUCGCUGCGGGAGGACCUUGCGCUACUCAACUGCAAUCUCAUUUGCUGGAACUGGAGCGUACCGGCAGCGGGGGUGCUUUGCCGGAUAGACAGCAAGACGCGUAAAAUGCUGAAGUUCUCAAAGAGCUUCCCAGAAUUAAUGGAAGCAUUGGAAAAUGAAGCUGAUGCAACGGUGAAGAUAUCCCAAUUUGAAUAGAUUGAUUAAACAGAGUGAAUACACAAUUCAAUAAAUGUGUGAUAA